AUGACAGGGGCAGAAAGGAAAAAGAAAAGCAUACUCUGGAGCAAGAUGCGUGUCCCCGAUUGUGAAGACUUUAAACAGUGGUGUAGACGGCGGCUGCCUAUUUUGGACUGGGCGACACAUUACAGCCUGAAAGAAAACUUGCUUCUGGAUACUGUUUCUGGGAUAAUGCUGGCCGUUCAACAGGUAACACAAGGGCUGGCCUUUGCUGUUCUGUCCUCUGUGCACCCAGUGUUUGGCUUGUAUGGGUCUCUGUUUCCCGCCAUCAUCUACGCCAUAUUUGGAAUGGGGCGUCAUGUUGCCACAGGCACUUUCGCCUUGACAUCCUUAAUAUCAGCUAAUGCAGUGGAACGACUUGUCCCUCUGAGCAGUCAGAACCUCACCACACACAGUAACACAAGUGUACUGGGAUUAUCUGACUUUGAGAUGCAAAGGAUCAGUGUUGCUGCCGCUGUUUCCUUUCUGGGUGGUGUGAUUCAGGUGGCCAUGUUUGUGCUCCAGCUGGGCAGCGCCACCUUCCUGAUUACAGAGCCUGUGGUCAGUGCAAUGACAACAGGGGCGGCCACUCAUGUCGUGACUUCACAAGCCAAAUAUCUCUUGGGAAUGAAAAUGCCAUAUAUAUCUGGACCACUUGGAUUCUUUUAUAUCUAUGCAUAUAUCUUUAAAAACAUCAAGUCUGUGCGACUGGAAGCGCUGCUCUUAUCCUUGCUAAGCAUCGUGGUGCUUGUGCUGGUUAAAGAGCUGAAUGAACAAUAUAAGAGGAAAAUUAAAAUUGUCCUUCCUGUUGACUUAGUUUUGAUUAUUGCUGCAUGUUUUACUUGUUAUUGUACCAAUAUGGAAAACACAUAUGGAUUAGAAGUAGUUGGCCAUAUUCCAAAAGGAAUUCCUCCACCUCGAGCUCCCCCAAUGAACAUCCUCUCUGCAGUCAUCACUGAAGCCUUUGGAGUGGCCCUUGUAGGCUAUGUGGCCUCAUUGGCUCUUGCACAAGGAUCUGCCAAAAAAUUCAGAUAUUCAGUUGAUGACAAUCAGGAACUCCUGGCCCACGGCCUCAGCAAUGUGAUCGCCUCCUUCUUCUUCUGUAUACCAAGUGCGGCUGCCAUGGGAAGAACGGCUGGUCUCUAUAGCACAGGAGCAAAGACACAGGUGGCUUGUCUAAUAUCUUGCAUUUUUGUCCUGGUAGUCAUCUAUGCGAUAGGGCCCCUGCUUUACUGGCUGCCCAUGUGUGUUCUUGCAAGUAUUAUUGUUGUGGGACUGAAGGGAAUGCUAAUACAGUUUCGAGAUUUAAAAAAAUACUGGAAUGUGGAUAAAAUUGACUGGGGCAUAUGGGUCAGUACAUACUUAUUCACAGUAUGUUUUGCUGCCAACGUUGGGCUGCUGUUUGGUGUUGUGUGUACCGUAGCUAUCGUGAUCGGUCGCUUCCCAAGAGCAAAGACUCUGAGUACAAAAAAUAUGAAAGAAAUGGAAUUUAAAAUGAAGACAGAAAUGGAUGAUGAAACCCUGCAGCAGGUGAAAAUUAUCUCAAUAAACAACCCGCUUGUUUUUCUGAAUGCAAAGAAAUUUCAUACUGAUAUAAUGAACAUAAUCCAAAAAGAAAAUACUGGAAACCAACCACUUGAUGAAAUCAGAAAGUAUGAACAAAGCACAUUGCUCACUUCUCUGAGUGGCAUUUGCAACGAAGAAGCUACCCAACCCUGCCUGAAUCCAAAGUGUUCUUUAAUCCUGGAUUGCAGUGGAUUGACCUUUUCUGACUAUUCUGGAGUCUCCAUGCUUGUUGAGGUUUACAUGGACUGUAAGAACAAGAGUGUGGAUGUGUCUUUGGUCCAUUGCACAGCUUCCUUGAUAAAAGCAAUGAAAUACUGUGGAAACCUAGAUUCAGAGAAACCAAUUUUUUUUGAAUCAGUGUCUGCUGCAAUAAGUAACAUGCAUCUAAAUAAGAAUUUGAGCAUACUCAGUGACCCCAGUGAAGUUUGACACUCUUUUGCUGCAGUACCAGUCUUUUCUUUAGCAACUUCCCUGAAAAGGUCAUAGUCAAGUGUUUUGCACAAACUUUUUCAUUGUGUGGAACCUACAAAUGACCUUUCCGACAUGUGUGUGACUUUGUAACUGCAUAACCCCUGCUCAAGGUUUGCCAACAAUUUUAUCUAAUCUUUGUCAGUAAGUAAAUUCACUUUGUAGGUUAUUGUAUACUUAUUUUAUAAAAAUCAAUAUGCAUUUAGUUUUAGUGUACUGAAAGAUAAACAUGAUUUUUUUUCCUUUUUUUAAUACCACAAUAUUUUGUGUUAAUUUAGUUUUGUUAUAGGUUGAUUUGUAAAAGUGAGAAGUAUUUUGUCCUGUCGUAGGAGAUUUAGAACAUUUGCAAGUCGUUUGUAAAAAUGCAGGAUCAUAUGUAUAAUACAAAGAAACAACUUAUCAAGUGUGCCAUUUUCCACUACCAAAAAAGCCAUUAAAUAUCAAUAAGCCAUGAAAUAUUCAUGUAAUAUGAUAUGAAAUUCAUAGAAAGUAAGUCAAACAAAACAAAUGACAAAUUGGAAACCAUUCUUCUUCAUAUCUUUCCAUGCCUGGAAGUCUUCAGGAAUGUUUUUACAUCACUAGUAUCCCAGUGAAAUCAAGUUCUUGACUUUGGUUUUGUUGUGACUGUUAAAAAUGUUUAGGAUCUUCAGGCCUUAGCCCUAGUUUGCACAUCCCCACCCCAUAAAAGUCUCUAUUUUCAGCUUAAGUUUUGUUGGAACUAGAAAAUGUGGAAGUUGCACAUUUUAUGUUUUUUUUUUUUUUUACAAAUAUGAUUUAUAGAUGAGAAAGUAUCAAUAGCAGAAUAACUUUGUGCUAGUCCAGUGUAGGAUUAGCUACAGUAGUUUGAGACUUUCCCAUUUCAGAGAGAUAGUCAAUAUAAUAUAAUACAUUUAUCUGUCUAAGAUAGAUAGAUCUCCAGAGAAUGCUUUAUUUUUUUCUUUUGUUAGAGAAGACUUAGAUAAAUGCUUAUCUGUAAACCCACUAAAUCAACAGAGUAAUUGACAAGUAAAACCACAGGCUAGGCUGACUUAUAUAAGUUACUGUUUUCAUGUUUCUACAUAUAUUUCAAAUCACAUAGUUUCUUAUGUUUAUCUAGCAACUUGAUUUACCUAUAAGAAUAUCACUUUGAAAAAUAGGUAUAGAUACAUGCUUUAAUCUUAAGGCAUUUUAGCUGUUCUAGAAAGUACCAGUUAACAAAAAGCCAAGUACUUUGAAGUGAGUUUGCAAACAAAAUGAAAAGGGUUUAAUUUUAGGUCAUUUAGGUGUUUUUCUGGACAUCUGUAAGAGAAAAUUCUAAUAUCUGCCAAGUGAUGUAAUGGUCCCUAGCAAAUGUAUAACAAACAUUCAUAUGGCCCUUGUUUUUACCAUUAAACUCUAAGCAGACAAUGUAAAAGAGGAAUAAUAAACAUUUCAAAAUUUUAUAACUUAUUUAGCUAUGUUAAUUUUGAUUGACAUGAAAUACAAAGAUAGCUUUUGUCCCAUAGGAAGCCUCAAUCCCUUCAUCACUAAUUUGGAAUGAAAUGAGUGAAGCCAAUUUUCCUUCCCAUCAAAUACUGUUCCAAGAAAAGGUGGAAGUAAUAGUUGAAGGUAAACUUUCCUUAAAAAGAGGAAUUUCACUCUGCUUUGCCUGGUUAAAUUAUUCAAGUUGUGGAUGGUGGCAACAGUCACCGUCUCUAAUCCAUUGGUCACGGGCACACAAAUUGAUGUAUUUCUAUGCAACUUUGGCCUAUUAUUAAAUUUAUGCACUGUAGACAUUUUCUAAUUUGUUAGAGAUUAUGGACUAUAGAUGGAAUAAAAAUCAUUACAGUUAAUCAAUGGAUAGUUUCUUCUAUUUUUUAUUGAAGCUAGCAUACAAUUGCUUGAAAAGAUGUACUUGAAUGCACUUCAGUAUUUAUAGUAUAUAUUUAAUGGAUAAAACUUAAAAGUCAUAACUUUUAUCAAAUAUUAUUAUUUUCAAAGUAAAAGAAUAUCAAAACAAAGGUACCAUAAACCAUUUGUUCUAAGGCUUAUUCUGCAUGCUAGGUCACAGUGACUGUAGACCUAGAGGAACGCCCUGGAAUUAAGUCUUGAAAGCCCAGUAACUCAGUAUGAGUUUCACACACACAAGAUCCUCCUAAAAUAUACAUGUUUAUUUCAAAACAGAUAUUGAUUAUAGAAAAACUACAAUAAAGUCCUGAUGCUAGAAUGUUUCUAAUCAUGUUGAACUAUUUUUAUGAGAUUAUUUAUUUUUGUAUAUGAUAAACUACUUAUAUAUUACUUAUUAUGGUAAAAUAAAAUAGGGAAAAAUUAAAACUGACCUAUAAGAGUGUUAAGGACUUAACAGAGGGACAUACAAUAUACAAAUUAACCAUAAAGCAAGUAACCAGGAAAAGACUGUUAAUAUUACAUUUAUACAGAUUAAAUGUCCUUAAUUUACCAUUUGUCUUCCAUUUUAAAGAUUAUUUGCUCCCAAUUGUGUGAUUCUAGUGUUAAAAGUCUAACUUGAAUUACUUUGCAGUAAUUUAUUUGACAGAUCUCUACUGUGUAAAUGCGUAAUAUAAUGAGAAAAGAGAUCUCUCUUUUUUAAUGAAAAUGUUAAUGUAUUAAUACCCUGUAUGGAUGAUGUUUGACAUUUAGUGUUUACCCAAAUAUGUUAAUAUGUUUUUGAAUAUACAUAUGACUGGAGAUGCAUGUUCUACAUUCUGUGGGAUGAUCAUCUACUUCAACAUAGACUAUCCUUUUUAUGGUGAUUUUGUUGCCAAUUUUUCAAUAGGGAGUUUAGUGAGGCUUGCACAAUAUAGAGAUUUUUAGUUACAAAUCAUAUCAUCUAGUAUGUCACACUUAAAUUUUUAUGUUUCAAUAAAUUUAAUUACUUUUUAAAUAAUCCUUUGCAAUGACUCAGCAUAUAGCAAUCGAUUUACAUGGAAAAUAAACUGAAAUAUUACUGUGCUUAAAUGGAUUUCUAUUAUUUCAAAGUACUUACUGAAGAGCAAAUAGUACAUUUUGCUUGCUUAGACUGACCUACAGAGUAUUAUGUGUUGACAAUUACUGGAUUCAAUAUUCUUUGUAAUUUAUUCUUACAAAAUUUCAGCCUAAAAUUGUAAAGUGUUGUAUGUCAAUUUACAGAAGUUUAAUAAAGCUACUUUUUGCUGCAA